GCAAGGUUGUCGAGGCAGCGUGCGUUUCCGGUGGCGCGGUGAGGCAGCCGCCGCCUGGGGAUUUAACUGCCGCUCUCCAGCCUCCAGGCGAAGAUGUUCUACCAUAUCUCCUUGGAGCACGAGAUCCUGCUGCACCCGCGCUACUUUGGCCCCAACCUGCUCAACACAGUGAAGCAGAAGCUCUUCACCGAGGUGGAGGGGACCUGCACGGGCAAGUAUGGCUUCGUAAUUGCUGUUACCACUAUUGACAACAUCGGUGCUGGUGUGAUCCAACCAGGCCGAGGAUUUGUCCUUUAUCCAGUGAAAUACAAGGCCAUUGUUUUCCGGCCCUUUAAAGGGGAGGUCGUGGAUGCUGUAGUCACUCAGGUCAACAAGGUUGGACUCUUCACAGAAAUUGGACCCAUGUCCUGCUUCAUCUCACGACAUUCCAUCCCAUCAGAGAUGGAGUUUGAUCCUAAUUCCAACCCACCAUGUUACAAGACAAUGGAUGAGGACAUAGUAAUUCAGCAGGAUGACGAGAUUCGCUUGAAGAUUGUGGGGACCCGUGUGGACAAGAAUGACAUUUUUGCCAUCGGCUCCCUGAUGGAUGAUUACUUGGGGCUUGUGAGCUGAGCACUGGGUCCUCCCACCACGUUUGUUCCUGAUCUAGGAGACACAGCUGUCACACUUUCCACGUUGUCCUGAGGCCACAUCUGGCUGCUGUGGGGAAGUCAGGAAGGUGACUUGUCCCAAAAAAUAGCUGGUAGUUCUCAUGGCAGUUAUCCUUGUUUUCUGACUGUUCUAACCAUAAAACGCAUUGAUUGGUUCUGUUGAAGCAUCAUGUCCUCCUUUCUUUGGUAAGAACCACUCUUUAUGAAGGUCUUGAUGCACAGCUGGCUUUCAGUCCUAGCUCAGCUGUGUCUCCUCAUUGCCAGAGUGGCGUCUUUGGAGGGUUGCUGCUGCUUGUAUCAGAGAUCAUCUCUGCGAGUAGCUGGGACAGAGCUGCCUGCGACAGGUAUGUGACAGUGACCAUGGAGGGUACAACGCAUGGAAUGCAGUGAUUAUCAGCCAGGGUAAUUCUGGCCCCCAGGGAACAUUGGGCAAUGACAUUGUUGGUUAUCACAACUUGGCAGGGUUGAGACUGCCAUCUAGUGGGCAGAGGCCAGGGGUGCUGCUCAACACCCUAUGAUGUAUAGGACAGCGCCCCCCACAACAAAGAAUCAUCUGGCCCCAGAGGACACUUGUGCCAAAGACAAAAACCCGGUUAUGGGGCCACCCUGGUGGCGCAGGUGGUUGAGUGCCGCGCUAUGAAGCUGCCCGCAGCCUCUGCAGCGCCGGUUCAAUCCCUCCGCCUGCCGCAGAGCAACCCACAUGGCGUGGCAGACCUCUCCUGUCUCCCCGCUGCUCCCCGCAGCAGUGUAUUCAGUCAGUCUGCCUGUUCUGUUCCCUGCUCUGUUUCUGGUGACUCCUCUCACCCUCCCACGCCUCUGACUUGUACCCCAGUUCUUGUAUAAAGAAAAUAAAUCUUAAAACAAAC